AUGCCAAAGAACACCAAGGUGACCCAGCGGGAGCACAGCAAUGAGCCGGUCACCGAGUCGGUGGCUGACCUGCUGUCCCUGGAGCACCCCAUGGACUAUAAGAGCAGCCAGAUGAGUAUGGGCCUGAGUCCUGGCUCCACCGCUCCAGUGAAGGCCCUCCUGCCAUCCCCCGACCCAGACGCAGAGGACGGCCGACCGGCCUGGAACAACAAGCUGGAGUACAUCCUGGCCCAGGUGGGCUUCUCUGUGGGCCUGGGUAACGUCUGGAGGUUCCCCUACCUGUGCCAGAAGAACGGUGGAGGUGCAUACCUGGUGCCCUACUUCAUUCUGCUCCUCCUCAUCGGCAUCCCCUUGUUCUUCCUGGAGCUGGCGGUGGGUCAGAGGAUCAGGCGUGGCAGCAUCGGGGUGUGGAACUACGUCUACCCGCAGCUGGGCGGCAUCGGGGUCUCCAGCCUGAUGGUUUGCGGUUUUGUGGGCCUCUAUUAUAACGUGAUUAUCGGCUGGAGCAUCUUCUAUUUUUUCCAGUCUUUCCAGUAUCCACUGCCUUGGGCUGAAUGCCCCAUCCAGAGAAAUGGAACCCAAGCCAUCGUAGUGCCGGAGUGUGAGAAGAGCUCGGCCACCACCUACUUCUGGUACCGCCAGACUCUCAACAUCACCAGCUCCAUCGAUGACACGGGCGGCCUGAACUGGAAGAUGACCCUGUCCCUGCUCGUGGCUUGGAUCUUGGUCUGCCUGGCAGUCAUCAAGGGCAUCCAGUCCUCUGGGAAGGUGAUGUACUUCAGCUCUCUCUUCCCCUACGUGGUGCUCUUCUGUUUCCUGGUGCGAGGUUUGCUGCUGAAGGGAGCGGUGGACGGCAUCGCUCACAUGUUCACCCCAAAGCUGGAAAAGAUGCUGGAGCCGCAGGUGUGGAGAGAAGCAGCCACGCAGGUCUUCUUCGCCCUCGGUCUGGGGUUCGGAGGCGUCAUCGCUUUCUCCAGCUACAACAAGCGUGACAACAACUGCCACUUUGACGCAGCGCUGGUCUCCAUCAUCAACUUUGUCACCUCCAUCCUGGCCACUUUAGUUGUGUUUGCCGUCCUGGGCUUCAAGGCGAACGUCAUGAACGAGAAGUGUGUCGUCGACAAUGCAGAAAAGAUCCUGGGCUUCCUGAACACAGGUGUGCUGAGCAGAGAGCUCAUCCCUCCUCACAUCAACUUCUCCCACCUGUCCGCCGAGGACUACGCAGAGAUGUACGGCGUCAUUAAGACGGUGAAGGAGGACAGCUUCGGCCAGCUGGGCCUGGACGCCUGCGUGCUGGAGGACGAACUCAACAAGGCGGUUCAGGGCACUGGCCUGGCAUUCAUCGCCUUCACAGAGGCCAUGACACAUUUCCCUGCCAGUCCCUUCUGGUCUGUCAUGUUCUUCUUCAUGCUCAUCAAUUUGGGUCUGGGCAGCAUGAUCGGCACCAUGACCGGAAUCACCACACCCAUACUGGACGCUUUCAAGAUCCGCAAAGAGAUCCUGUGCGUGGCUUGCUGUAUCAUAGCCUUCCUGUUAGGCCUGCUGUUUGUGCAGCGCUCGGGGAACUACUUCGUCACCAUGUUUGAUGACUACUCAGCCGGUUUGCCUCUCACUGUGGUGGUGAUCCUGGAGAACGUAUCUGUGGCCUGGAUCUACGGCACUAAAAGGUUCAUGCAGGACCUGGAGGACAUGCUUGGUUUCAGGCCGUACUCCUUCUAUUACUACAUGUGGAGGUACGUGUCGCCAGCUGUCCUGGUGGUGCUCAUCAUCGCCACAGUCAUCGAGAUGGCCGUCAGUCCUGCAGGAUACAACGCCUGGGUGGAGACAGAGGGUGCAGAACAUUUCCAGAGCUAUCCUCCCUGGGCUUUAGCCAUGGCCUACGCCCUCAUUGUGGUGGCCAUGCUGCCUUUACCCAUGGUCUACAUCGCCCGCCACUUCAACCUGAUCUCAGACGGCUCCAACAAGCUGUCCGUCUCCUACCGCAAAGGCAUGAUGAAGGACAUGUCCAACCUCGAAGAGCAGGACGAGCAGCGCUUCAUCCUCAGCAAGAACCCCAGCGAGGCUCCUUCCCCGAUGCCCGCCCACCGCGCCUACCUGGGCCCCGGCGGCACCCAGGAGAUGACCAACACCAACUACGGCACCAGCACCAAGACGGGCUACCAGAACAUCGGCUCGCCCGAGUCUGAGCUAUGAUCCACUGAGCUCAUAGAUCCUCCCGUCCGUUAAACCCCGGCCCCGCUUGGAGACGGAGGAAGAAAGGGAGGAGCAGAGGACGUCAAGAGGGAGAGAAUAUCCACUGCCGCUUGUUGCAGCGUUCAUCACACCUUA